AUGGGUUGCAGCCACAUCCUCGUCGAGCGGGACAUCGCAGAAGUCGGGAACCAACGCUUCUAUUGGAACUACCAGUGCAGGGGUCAGCAUUACAUUCGGGAGUCUGUCGUUUUCCUGUUCGGGGAACCCCACGUCUCCGAACGCAUAUCCACCAUCCGUACGACUUCAGUUCCGUCUGAUGCUGAGGCCGCCACUCAGGGUACACAGGGUGAGAAAUCAUCAUUCCGAUUCUUCUGUCGUAGCAGUUGCAUGGGCGACAAAAUUGGGGGCAUGUUCAACACGUGCAGCAGCACUGUUUCGAUUACAUUCGAAUGUCGCAUCAUGGAAUGGCCUCAGCAUUUGUGGUUACAGGCGAGAGAUCGCUCUUCCAACAGUUUGACCAGCAGUGCUCGGCCCAAGGCGAAGUGGCUCGUUGUGCAGGCUUCCCAGCCAUGUGAAGGUGGUGAAAUGUUGCCUGUCCGAAAAAUCAGCUUGCCAUCAAGAUUCUAG